AUGGCCCAAAUCCUCAAACAAUCCGUCAAGCUCGCCCUCGUCCAACUCGCCACCACAGCCGACAAAUCGCACAACCUCUCCCACGCCCGCACCAAAGUCCUCGAAGCAACACGGCAAGGCGCCAAGAUCGUCGUUCUCCCCGAAUGCUUCAACUCGCCCUACGGAACGAAGUACUUCCCGCAGUACGCCGAGACGCUGCUGCCGAGUCCGCCCACGAGAGAGCAGAGCCCGACGUUCCAUGCACUGAGCGAAUUGGCGAAGGAGGCCGGGUGCUAUCUAAUCGGGGGCUCGAUACCGGAGCGCGAGGGGGGCGAUGGGGCGAAGGAGGGUGAUAAAAAGCUAUAUAACACGAGUUUGACCUUCUCGCCGAGGGGAGAGUUGAUGGCGACGCAUAGAAAAGUGCACCUGUUCGACAUCGACAUACCGGGCAAGAUCCGCUUCAAGGAGUCGGAGGUGCUGUCUCCGGGAAACAAGAUCACUCUGAUCGAUCUCCCCGAGUACGGUAAGAUUGCGGUGGCUAUAUGCUAUGAUAUCCGCUUCCCGGAACUGGCUACGAUUGCUGCUCGCAAGGGUGCGUUUUUGCUGUUGUACCCCGGAGCGUUCAACCUUACUACGGGUGCUUUGCACUGGGAAUUGCAGGCCCGCGCGAGGGCGAUGGAUAAUCAGGUGUACGUGGGGUUGUGCAGCCCGGCGCGGGAUAUGGAGGCCGAGUAUCACGCUUGGGGGCAUAGCAUGGUGGUGGAUCCGAAUGCGGAGGUGCUGGGGGCGCUGGACGAGAAGGAGGGGGUUUUGGUGCAGGAAUUGCAGGCCGGCAGGAUUGAGGAGGUGAGGAAGGGGAUUCCGCUGUAUACGCAGAGGAGAUUCGAUGUGUAUCCGGAUGUUAGUGAGGGAGGUCGGUUUGAGGAGUAG